CGCAGCGGAGCGCCACGCGGCCGCACCGCGAGCCGCAGCCCGCCGGCACGAACGUCGCGCAGCCGCAGCCCGACGCUGCGCAGCGACUCGCGCGACCGCGAGCCGCGCCGCCGCGACGACUCGCGCAGUGGCCCACGUCUCAGCCUCGAGCGGCGCCUCGACCCGCCGUCGCGCCACUCCGAGGACCGGCGCAGCGAGCGCGGCAGCAGCCGCACGUCUGACCGCCGCGACCGGCGCGACUACGACCGGCGCGACGACGGCGGCCGUGGCGAGCGCUACGGCAGCCGCGGCUACGAGCGUCCACCGCCGCCGCGAGGCGGCUACUACGACCGCGAGCCGCCGCCGCACGCACGCGGGCCAAGCGGCGGCCGUGGCUACUACGACCGCGACCCGUACGCGCGGCCGCGCGACGACUACCGCGGCGGCGGUGGCGGGCGCCCGCUGAGUCCGCGCCGCCCGCCGCCGCGCCGCGAGCAGCGCAUGAAGACGCCCGAGGCCGACGACUACGAGCGGCGCAGCAUCUUCUGCUCGCAGCUCGCCAACAAGCUCGGGCAGCGCGACCUCGGCGAGUUCUUCGAGGAGCACCUGGGCGAGGGCACGGUCAAGGAUGUGCGCAUCGUGCAGGACCGCAUCACGGGGCGCAGCAAGGGCAUCGGCUACGUCGAGCUGCGCGACGAGGAAUGCGUGUACCGCGCGCUGGGCCUGUCCGGCACCAAGCUGUUCGGCCUGCCGAUCAUGGUGCAGCUGACCGAGGCCGCGCGCAACCGCGGCGAGGGCGCGUCCACCGCACAGGCGCCGAUCCGACCCAACGCCGGCGACUCGGGCUCGAUGUCGGUGCCCGUCAUUGAUCCGUCAGUGCUCGCCAACAUCCCGCUGCCGCCGCACUACUCGGCCGGCAACCCGAUCCACCUGGCCGGCAUCAGCCCGUCGGCGCUCGCGCGCGGCUCGCACCACAACGCGCAUGCGCGCAUCUUUGUGGGCAAGCUGCACCCGGAGAUCACAGACGCUGACCUGCGCAACGUGUUUGACCCCUUUGGCACCAUCGAGAAUGUCGACCUGCCGCGCGAGGCCGACGGCAAGAGCAAGUGCUUCGCCUUUGUGCAGUACCGCAACGGCGCAGACGCCGAGCGCGCCAUCCAGCACAUGGACAACUUCGAGCUCGCCGGCAGCGCCAUCAAGGUCGGGCACGUCAAUGCGCGCGCCAUGGGCACCAAUUCGCAGAUGCUCGAGGCCAUGUCGGGACACAAUGCGCAGACGACAUCGUCGUUUGACGAAGGCGGUGGCGGUGGCCUGACUUCUGCUGGACGAGCCGCGCUGAUGGAGAAGCUUGCCCGCACGCAGCAGCCUGCGCCCGCGCCCGCGCCCAGUAUGCCGACUCAGCAAUUCCGCCCCUCCUCCAUCCCGCAGGCAGUCAGCAAGGCCGUGCUGCUCAAGAACAUGUUCAACCCGGAAGAAGAGGAGGACAAGGACUGGGACACGGAGCUGGCCGACGAAGUCAAGGGCGAGUGUGCGGACAAGUACGGGCCCGUAGAUGCGUGCUACGUAGACCGCGACAGCGCAGGCGAGAUCUGGGUGCGCUUCGCAGAUGUCGACGGCGCCACCAAGGCCAUCGCCGGCCUCAACGGACGCUUCUUUGGCGGGCGCAGCGUCGUGGCGCACUUCGUGUCCGAGAGCAUCAUGCAGGUCAAGAUCAAGGGCUGAGCGAGCGGCACGUCCGCGCACAGCCAUGCUACGUGUCACCUCCUUCUCUGUCCUCCACAGUCAUCGCGUCCUCCAAGCGACCCUGCCGCAGAUCCGAGCUUGCAUGCGGACAAGAGGUGGCGUCUCGCGUGCUCGCACAUCGUCGGUGUCCUCAUCCCCUCCCAUGCCCAGGCCUCCC